CGUUGAUAUGCCCCUCUUCAUGCGGCGGAAUCUCCAAUUUCAACAGACUAACCCCCGAGGCUGUUUAUUACUGCCAUGGAGCAGCCGGUCCCAACUACCGGACAGCAGAAACGCCCACGUGUCGCAGAGGAACACCGCAAAAGAGCCGUAAGAGCAUGUGACGGAUGUCGAAGAGUCAAGGAGAAGUGUGAAGGCGGGGUUCCCUGUCGACGGUGUCUUCGGUAUCGCAGGCAAUGCGUUUUCAAUAGUGUCGCGGAUCAUGGAGAUAAGAGCUCUUCCCGAUCUCCGUCGGUGUCCCUUUUGGAGCGAGCCGGGAGCCUGAGUCGACAUGAUCUUGCGGAGACCGAACGACUUCACUACAUGGAACAGAUCCUGUCUUAUUACGUCCCCAAUCUUUCUUUCGAUAUUCAUUCGCUACGGAGGGCCGCGGAAGAAUUGAAGAAUAAACAUCGGAAUCGUGGUCAUGGUACAGGCAGUCCUGACACCCAUGUCAAUAUUGAUGAUUUGGAGGACCUGGCAAUUGACGAUGAGGACUUCACCAUCAAGGCCUUGCCGGACAAUACGACUCAAUAUUCGGGGGAGUUUUCCUAUCUCAACUUUUCCAUGAAGAUUAGAAGAAAAAUUGACGAAUGGAUGAAAACUGCAGCCCCGGAGGAUUCAACAGAGGCAGAACCGUUUGAGGAACGAUGGUGUGCUACACAGCUACAGUCAGGCUCGUCCCUUGUAUCGGCUGCGAUUACAUGUCUUCCGCCCCGUUACGUUUCAGAUUUCCUAGUCCAGAUUUUCUUCAAGUAUGCUCAGACAAACAACUUUUAUGUGGAAGAAAACUGGCUUCGCGAUAAGCUGGACACGUGCUACACAAAUCCCGCGAGCCUUUCGUCCAAAGAUGCCGGUGCUGUCUGUUCGAUCCUAAUGGUUCUAGCCGUGGGGACACAGUUUGCACAUAUGGAAUCUAGUACUCCUGUCAACAGGCUCUCCUCUGGUUCCUCAAUUGGUGAUGGCCAUCGGUUCUCAGAGGAUGAGGUUGGUCUCACGUUCUAUCAAUUUGCAUCAAAGCUCCUUCCAGAUAUCAUUGCUACGGCAUCGGUACGCAGUGUACAGGCUUGUUUACUUAUCGGUACAUACUUGUUACCGCUUGAUACCUCUGGUCUAUCUUACACCUACUUCGGACUGGCUCUUAAAAUGGCCAUCCAGAACGGCAUGCAUCGUAGAUACCACGGUGAGGGUUUUUCUUCUCGAAUGUUGGAGGUACGAAAUCGAGUGUUUUGGACGGCAUACACUAUAGAGAAACGAAUUAGCAUACUUCACGGCAGGCCUGCCUCAUUGUCUGACUCGGACGUUGAUGCUGCGCUACCAGUUGAUUUUCCGGCAUUGAAGCCGCACGGUCAGCCCUCUAACCAUAUGAACAUGGUGUCCCUCAUCACGCUGACUUUGAAGAUGGGACAACUGGCCAAUGAAAUCUCAUCCUUACGAAAAUGUCAAAGGGGGGUUCGACAACAGGAAUGUCUUGAGAAACUGCUCACUUUCCGAAAACAUCUCUUUGACUGGUGGGCAUCAUUACCAGAGGAGACGGACUGCAGAGACCUGACUCCGUCCGGUCCGUUAUUUCGUUCAAACGUGCAUCUGAAACUGGAUUACUGCCUGACGAGGAUCUUUAUUGGACGACCGUUUCUAUUUAGCAAUAUGAGAGGCAUCAAUAGCCAGGCUUCUAUUGGGUCGCCGUUUAAGACGUCCUCAGGACUCUCCAAACACCGCUCAACACUGGUUACGGAUUGCGUCGAAGCUGCACUCGAGAUCAUCGAUCUAUGUCAACUUCUUUGUGACGAAACUGGACUGGCACGUGCUUCCUUUACUGAAUUCAGCUCCUGCCGCGCGGCCCUUCUAGUGAUCCUAGCGCAGAGUCUCACGAAAAGAACCGAACGGCUCCGCGUGUCAUUAGAGCAAGGAAUGGGGUUGAUAAAAAUCAUGUCAAUGGGUGUCGGCUCUGCCCAAUCCGCAGUGAGCAUUAUCGAGGCGCUGGAGCGCGCAAUUCGCCGUCUGGAAGUGUGGAGCGCGACGCAAAAUCAGAGCAACACCGGCUCCGCUGAGUCGGGAUACGACCGGUUCAAGAAUUGGGAAAUGCUCUGGAAAUCCGGACCCGUUUCACCGGGGACUUUCACAUUUCACGAACAACAUGCCGCCCCAAGCGACAUGCCUCAAGUCCUGUCUACGCCAACGAUGGGCGUGGACAUGGACAGCAACAACGACGCCAUGGAUGCGGACGUCGUGAGCGCUGACCUAGCGACAUCAUCUGAUUUCUCACCGUCAAAUCAACUAGCGCAGAUACCACAUUUCGGACUGGACCAUUUCGUGUCGAACUUUCCACAGGAAUUGGGCGAGUUCACUGCUAUUCCGUGUUUUGAGCCGGAUACUCAGCGUUCUCUUUCGGGUGAUGGGAAGGGCCAAACUGGUGCGGCGGGUGACAGUAUAUCUCCCAGUUUUGAAGAAUAUUAUUACUAGUCUAGACAGGAAUUUACGGGUAAUUGUAUCCGUGAAUAAGUCAAAUUAUAUAUUAUGAAUUUUAUCAUGUUAAUUUCAUGCUGUGGGACUAGAGAUGACAGUUCUAUUUCGAAAU